CUCUUGCAAUAGGGUCUCGUGCAAUCUCGGGAUUAUCCAGUUAGAUGCACGUAGCGCACAUCAGUUAUGUGUUCCUCCUCGUCACGUACGCGUCACCCAAUGAUCAUAAGCUCUGACAGUUCCAAGUAGUGUUUAUUACAAUGAGAAGAUCAUGCAUAAUUGUCACUGUCAUAGGUUUGUACGUGGUUACAGCUUCCGAAGAUUGGGCUUAUUGGGGGAUCCAUGGUCCUCCACACUGGCCAGGACUAUGCGCGACAGGGAAAAAACAAUCACCUAUAAAUAUUAUGUCUGAAGAGACUAUAAAAGCUGAUCUUGGCGCGCUGAAAUUCAUAAGAUACGAUUUCGCCGCCACUGGCGAAAUUACCAACAAUGGUCACGCUGUGCAAAUUAGUUUGUAUGGAGUUCCUAUCCACCUCGAAGGAGGAGAUCUUCCUUCCAGGUAUACUUUGGACCAAAUGCACUUUCACUGGCCCGCUGAACACACAGUGGAUGAAACUCGAGAUGCGUUAGAGCUACACUUUGUGCAUUAUGAUAAUAAAUAUGGCAACGCGAGCGAGGCAGCGAAACAUGAAAAUGGUAUUGCUGUCGUUGCCACAUUAUUUGAGUUGGAUACACAAGAUAACUUCGAUCUAAUGCCCAUCGUGAAGGCGAUAGAGCUAGUGCCUAAAUGGACAGGGAAGAGUACAGCGAUGAUGAGGUUCAAGGUGAUCCCUUAUCUGUUUCUACCAAAGAAUCACACGACCUACUAUCGCUACAAUGGGUCAUUGACCACUCCAGAGUGCCAAGAGUCUGUGAUGUGGUUCGUCUUUACCGAGAAACUCACGGUAUCUAAACAGCAGGUGAACAUGUUCAAGAGCACUGGAACGAGUAAUGGGACUUUAGAUUUUAAUUACAGGCCAACGCAAGCUAUUGGAGACAGGAAAGUUUACCACCGCUUAGAUGGGUACUCCGCUGUGACCUGUGCCAGGUCUAAUUUAGCACCCAUAUUUUUUAGCUUUUUCUUAAUCAGACUAUGGCGUUAACAAUAAUAAUUUCAUGGAAACGUUUAUUGAUAUAUGAUUACAGUCGAUGUAACCAUUGAUCUAUUAGAUUGUUUAAUGGUAUGUCAUGGUUUAUUGACAGGAGCCGUAGCACAAUUUAAUCCUUUCGUGCUCUCAAAAAUAAUAGACAUACAGAGUACGCUUGAUUUAAGAUCUAGAAAGUUACAAGAGCAAAUGAAUAUUAUAUACAAUGUAUAUACAUUGUAUAAUUCAAUGGAUAUAUAUAUAUAUAUAUAUAAUGCGUAUCUAUACAUCGUAUA